AUGUUAUAGUGUUUAAUGUUAGCAUUUAGUAUCUUAUUUUACACGAAGAGUGGAAAAGAUUCCAGGCAGCCAUUUUGAUAAGGACCUGCCUUUGAAUUUGAGCUGUCAGUAUGUAAUAAAAUGGCCACUAUAAGAGCUUCUUAGACACAAACAUGAUGCUAAAGGAGUCCUAAAAUAAACGAAUAGCGACUUUAGGACAUUAUGUCAGAUUUAUAUUCGCCGAUUUGUAAUUCGGAUUUAACGUUGCCUCAUAAACAGCUCGUGUUGCGAACUUGCAAACAUGUCAAAUUCGACUACACAACAACAAUGCUUACUUGAAAGCUAAACGCAGCUAAAAGCCGGACGAAUGCUGUCUUAUUACUAGUGCUACAUUUAUGAAUAUUAGCAUUAGAAGUGCGCUCGCUUCUCCCGAAAGCAACCAUAAUAAAUACAGAAACAUAACGGACGGGGUAGCCGGAAGUGUUCCAAGGUCCGGAAACGACCAAUGUUAAAAUCUCACACGUCACUCGUACCUUUCUAAAACACCAACAUAGACCGUCCAAAAUAUUAUAGCCGAAAAAUAAGCAAACGCUAAAUAAAAAAGACAAUCGGUCUUAAAGCCGUUUGAUGCAUUUUCCACAGGAUAUAACUUAAAAGUGAAUCUGUCCUGCAAUAUAAGGGACCCUCGGUCUCAUGCUAUCAGCUCGGUUGCAAUGGAAACAGAGUCUGCUUACUAGCUGUAGCUAGAAGGCUAACCACUGGAAAACAGCGCAGAGCUGCUGGGGUACAUGAACGAGGGGGGCAGGGUGGGAGAGAGAAUAGCAGGCCCUGUUCAUCUUGACCAGGCUAAAAGAUGGAUGCGUAGUGAGAAAAGGAGUGGCAGAAAGAGCACCUUUACAAGAAUGGUAGUGGAGGAUGUUGCUUCCAACUGUGGAAAAAAGAAGAAUAUAUUAAUGGAAACUUGGAAACGGAGAUGUAAGCCAUUUAUACCAGAGUGGAUUUAGAAUGAAUAAAUAUUCAAUGAAAUGAAAUCGGCCCAUGGGAUUUGGAGGGAUCCAUCUUGCUGUGGGACUGUCAUGAAAUGAAAAAAAAAAUGUAACCAAGCAAGUUUUUCAAUGAAUUUGAACCACAUUGAUCACAUUUUUUUACAGCACUUUCCAAAAUGUAAAUGCAUAAUUGCAUCAAGUGGCAUUUAUUCUGCCAGUUCAUACAUCUUUGCACUCUGAUGGAACAUUCAAACUGAAAUUACAGUAUCAGAGGUGAAUUGUACAAAAACUGUGAUUACAUGGAAUCCAGUGUGCAGCCAAACGGAGUUGAUUUUUAUAAUCCCAUGAAUGAAACAUCCAUGGAAAAUGAUUUUUUUGCAGAAAUCAAAAAUUCAAGUUACAAUCAAAGCAAAAUGUCCUCCUUAAAUAUUCACCAGAAUAUUAAAAAACGUGGUGCAUGUUUAAGUGAAACAACAUAAACAUAAGGAACAUGUUAGAAAGCACCAUUUUGCACUGAAACUGCUGAAACUCAGUUGGAAAGCUUUAAACAGACAUUGUUGCUGCUCAUAGAGCAGAAGGUGUUGCCACUGCGCACCCAUGUUUCAGUAACUGGGAGAUGUUCCAGUUUGGAAAAUACAAUGUGGACAUCAUAGAGAUGCUGAGUGGACACCAGUCCCAUCAGUUUAAAAGUCUUGGAUUAGAGCGACAACUUCAACACCAGCAACAAGUGCAGCUUCACCAACACCAGUUACAGCAGCAGCAACAGCAGCAGCAGAGUGAGACGUCUGGGUCAAUUUUGUCUGGACUUGGCUUAGGCCCACUACAAGGAUCUAGAGGCAGUGCGUUUACAGAUUCCACAUCAAUUUUUGCAAAAAUGAGUGCACCUCCCCCACCUCUACAACAACAGUCUUUGUCUUCAUCCCAAAGUUUAAGGAAGUCAAGCAAAAUGUCUGGAAGCAGUGGCAGUGGUGGAAGUCAUGUGAGUGGGUACCCUCAGUUUUUGCGCACAUUCCACCCAACUGAGAGCACCCUUGCACAAGAGCAGUUGCAUCCAGGAGUAGGGCGAUUUGAUCAUUUUGCCAGCAGUAGUGGAAGUGGAGGAUUAGUUACAUCUGUUCCACCGCCACCACCCCCACUGCAUCCUGGCCUGUCAGUACCUCAAGCCGCCCCUGGUCCAUCAACCUCCUCCCCGUCUUCCAGUUCUGUUUCAACGUCCAAUAACCCUCCCAGCAGUAGUGCAGUAACCACCUUGAGCCAUCAAUUAGCAGGAUCUCAGUCUGAUGCCCGAAGCCUACAUCAACAGUUUAGCUGCAUGUUGGCAGCAAAUCAGUAUUUUCUUUCUGGAGUACCAGCCAAUUCCAGUCUAGAACAAUUUUUAGUUCAGCAAGGAAGUCAUAACCACCUUGGGCUUGGACUGGGCCAAGCUGCAGGAGAGGCAAGUUCGGCUCUCGCUCCUCCCCCCGCUCUUCAUUCUUCACACACUCAUAGUCACCCCAGCACUCUAUCACAGCCUCAACAGCCACCAACACAACAGCAGCAACUACCACCACACACUUUGUCUCACCCCCACCCACAUCCACACCAUCCACUGCACUCCUCCUCACAGCCUUCCUCACUCGGGGGCUUUGACUUUCAAGGAAUCCCAGUUCUUUCAUCCAACCAGCUAGCAUCUCUAAUGCAGCAGGAAGCUGGGCUGCCACUUCCUCUUCCACUACAUCUUUCUUUAUCAAAAGAGGAGGGAAAGGGCGAUGGCGCUGCUGGAGGAGGUGGCUCCUCUGGUGGUAGGAGAAAAAAAGCUAUGGCUGGCUACCUGCCACAGAGAAAGACUGAAAACAACAACAAUAAUAGCAGCAACAAUCAUAGCUCUACAAACCCCAACAGUAGCACUUUAAGAGCACUGAACCAAGAGAACACAGCAGGCUUGGAUGGAGGUGGGGGUGUUGGUUUGUCAGGUAUUGCUGGAGACCCUUCCUCGCACUUAACUUCUUCAUCCUCUACUUCUGUUGUGUCAUCUUCUGUAGCCUCUUCUACAUCAGUCUUAGUGACAAACGGCUCGAAAACGGGCAGUCAUGGUGUCAUGCCACCACAAUCCGAGACAGAACAAGAAGCCCUUUAUCAUUGUGGUGAGUGUGGCAAAACAUUCACACAGCUCUCUAGUCUGCGCAGGCACCUACGUAGUCAUGAAUUAACCACAGCAGGCACAAGUGGCACAAGAAGUAACAUUUUAAACCCAGUCUUGCAUCCUUCUGAUCCAUGUAUUCCGCACUCUACUCAAGAAAGCUCAGCCUCAUCCUCAUGUGGCAGUCCUGACAAGACUUUUCAUUGUUCUGACUGUGGCAAGUGUUUUAAGAAAAAAGGACAUCUCCUUCAACAUGGUGUUAUUCACUCAGGGGCUCGGCCCUAUGCCUGCAGUACUUGUAGUCGUGCUUUCAAUCGGCGUGAGUCACUCACCCGCCAUGAAAAAAUUCAUGAAGAGAAACCAUUCCGCUGUCCAGCUUGUGGCCGCUGUUUUCGUGAAAGUACGUCCCUAUUGAACCAUGCAGCCUCUGGCACCUGUGGCAAGUCGGGACGUACACCGAGAUCUAAGCAUGAAAGUAAUAUAGUUCAAGGCAAGAGCAAUAAAGCUGGGGGCUCCCAAGAUGGAAUAGCGGCUAAUGCAGCGGGUUCUUACCGGGGUGAUGGUUUCAGUGAUGACUACAAGGACCAGCGCUCUCAAGGUAACAUGUAUUCUGGAACAACCCCAUGUGGUGGCAGCCUGACAGGGACUGCACUUAGGAAGGCACCAUUAGCUCCUACUUUGCAUCCACACUCACAAAACCCAGGCCAGCAGCAUCACCAACAGCCACAUCUCCCACUUUCAUCUCUGUUAGACGACUCUGAAGAUGAUGUCACUAGCUCCGUCAACAAUGCCAUUUCUGCUAUCACUGCUGCAGCUGCAAAUUGUAUGAGUGGUGAUCUUGCCCAUGGUGGAGGCAGAGGGGAGGAUCGAAGGGAUAUCAUUGGUGGAUUGCUUGGAGGUCUGGGUCUAGGGCCUCUUGCCUCACCUAGUGGUCCGUUAUCAACAUCUGGACUGGAUAAGUCCUAUAGAGGUAGUGCUGUGGUCCAUAACCAGCAACCAAAUCAGCUUACACCUGGUGGAAAGCCCAAGCGCCCUCGUAAGCCCCGCAAAAAAAAGGAACCCGGAGAGGUUGGUGCUGAGCCUCCUAAAAGAAGGCCUAACAGACUAGGAAUGCCUGGUGGGGAAAUCAGACCAUAUUUGUGCAGUGUCUGUGGUCGAGGAUUUGCACGAAGAGAAACUUUGCGAAGGCAUGACAGAAUACACACUGGGGAAAAGCCUCACCAUUGUAGUGUAUGUGGCAAGUACUUCAGAGAGGCAUUUCAUCUUAGCAAGCACCACACAGUGCAUUCGGGAGAGAAGAACUACAAAUGUAUUCUGUGUGGAAAGGACUUUGGAUAUGCCCAGAGCCUUAAAAGACAUGGCAAACUACACCAGAAAGGAGAACUGGAGGAAGUGCCAACAACGCCAGGCAUAGAAAACCUUAACAGCUAUCCAUCCUCUGGUGGCAACUUGAUUCAAGGGGGCCAAAGCAGCACUUCUUCUUUCUAUCCAUACUCUCAAGAUGUCAAACCACAUGCAUCAAACACACAGCCCCCACCUAGACUGUACACUUGCGCUAUAUGCUGGAAAUCAUUCCGGCAUCACUUUCAUUUGACUGCGCAUCACCAAACGGUUCACGAGGGUGGUGGAGAAAAACUGUUUUCCUGUGAAGUCUGUGGAAAGGCUUUUGCAUACUCAAACAGCCUUACACGACACAGGCUUUCUCAGCAUGGCUUAACACGGACUGGUCAGCCAGUUGCUCAAAGGAGCACAGGUGAAGAAACUAAUGUUGGUGGUGCAAUAUCAGAGAGUGAAGCUGCAACAAAUGCUUUGCUUCAGCUAGCGCCACCCAGUGGCACACAUGGCGAACAGCAUGGAGUUCUUCACAGCCACCAUGCACCUCCCCAACCACAAGGUGGCUACUCCCCUCUGUUUUAUAUACCAGAUGCCAAUGCUACACACCCAUCUUCAUCUAAUGCCUCCUCUUAUUCUCAUUCUCUGCCGUCAACUUCCUCAGGGCCUCUUCUUUGUAACCAUCAGCACUCUGGGAUAAAAGGUGAACCCAUUUAUCACAUUGGUCACAGGCAUACUCUUGCUCCAAACAUACCUGUGCAGUCCCUCGCUUUGCCCCCAUCAGAGCCACAUCAGCAACAUCACAAUCCCCAGCAGCAUCCAGCUGGGAUUCAAUCUACACAGCAUCACACUUUUCAAAGCCAAGAAGAGUUGAGGCGGCGCAAAAAAAAAAAAAAAAGACGGCAAGAGAGAAAGGAGAUAGGCUACAAAUGGACCCCGGCUGCAAAAGUACAGAGAGAGCAGCCGGAGGUCCCACAUGGGGAAAGGCAGAGAAAUGAGAAAAGAAAUUUUCUCAAGAGAAAAAGGAGAGCAAUUCACAGGACUCAACAUAAAAUUAAGAAGCGCAUGGCUGUUCUUGUGAGAAUCAGGCGUGGAAGUGGAGGAAGUGCUGUUUAUGAACUGGGCCUUCCAGGUGGACUGAAGCUGAACAGGCUUCGUUCUCUCAAAGUUCCUCUGAAACGAAGGCCUUGUCCCCUUUGCCUUGGUGCUACCUUUUCACAACAGGUUGCACUAAAAGUUCAUAUAGCAGCUAGACAUUGCCCCAAAGUGAGAGGCCUUCAGCAUCGUUUGAAAUGCCCAGUUUGUGGAAAACAGUCUCGCAAAUUCCUCUCUGCUCUCAUUCACCGAAGCUCCCAUUUAGCCAACAGAGCUUUUUCCUGUAGACAUUGUCCCUGUCGUUUCUGGAAUUCAAUGCUCCUCACACGGCACAAGAAGGUGUGUCGAGGGACCUUAGCUAGGUUUCAACAAGAGAGGGCGCUUUGUGUUAAAUUAGUCAUGGGAUCCACAUACAGGAGGUUCGAGUGCAAAGGGAACUCUUCGUCCUUACCUUUCUAAUGCACUCAAUUUUGUCUUUAAAUUCAUUUUCAUAUGCACUUUGAGACUAGAAAUGUUGGGAUUUUAAUGACAAAUAUCUGACUGAGUACACCCUUUGCUCAUGUAGACAUUGACUUGUGUCAUGAGAGCUUUUUCGUUACUCUCUCAAUCAUUUCAAUUGCAUUUCCUCUAAUAACUCAGAUCCCUGAAAACGAACACCUUCAGCGAACUCACAGAUGUAUUAAAUGGAAUUUGUUUUAAAGAAAUGCUUAGCCUACCUAUCUGUGCGGUACCACACCAGUCUUCUAAGUGGAAACUUUAUCGAAAUGAUCCUUGGCUGGCAAUAGUUUCACUGAUUUGGCUAAACAUGUACUGUGCCCUUAACAGUAUGCAGUAUGCUCACUAUUCCUCAACCAAUGCUCUGUAGAAUUAUUCUGUCUCUGAUAUAUAUUACCUUGUUGGUGUUCACUUAGAGCAAGUGUGGAGGUGUGGUUUUGUUAAUGUAAAAAGUGCGAUCAGUAUACGAAGAAGAAAAAAGGGUUCUGUUAGGAAUACGAGUGUUUUAUUUUAAAGAGUAUUUAAAUUACUGCAUGUUGGACAUUGCUGUCCUUGUGUUGACAGGUCGAGAGGAAUGGCGACUGGGGACAAAUCCAAUUGAAAAUGUACCUUAAAUCUUAAUAGAGGAACCAAAAGUAACUAAUGCAUAAUAACACAUGCUGAUUAACAAUGUGUAAUAUCAAAUGUGAGUCCCAUUUGGCUUUAUUUACUGUUUGAGAAGAAAAAUACCAUUAAAGUAACGUCAGCACUUAAACAGGAAAAAUAUAAUUUUCCCAAUAACCAGUCAAAAGACAAAAAAUAUUUACAAAUUUAAUUUACAGAUUCUUGCCCUGAAGGCAAAGCCUUACCAAAUUGUGACAAUUAUAACAACAUAUUAUGGCUUGUACAAUGUAGCGUUUAUGUAUAGAGUUUAAAGGGUAGAAUGGAGAGAAAUGAGUGUACUGUAAUGUAAAUUGUGUCAAUAUUUUAUUAUGUUUUUUAAGGAAAUGUCAGUUAUCUUUUUAUCAUAGCUACACUUCAGGUAGUUGAAAGAGUGAUUGUAAGAGUUAUCACUUUAGAUCAGGUCUUGAUUAAGUGUAUUAAUGUGUGACACGGUCUGUCCACUUGCCAACUAUGAACGUAUCCCAUGUACUUUUUUCACCUUUUAUGUAGAGAUGCCAUACUUCUUAUAGCCUCUUUUUUUCUUUAAAAGAAGAAAAUAAGUACGUUUCUAUCACUUUAUUUACACAUUAUAAGCUGGUUGUUGAUGAUACCCAAGCAUUUAAUAAAAUUUGAAAAUGUUAUAUUCUCAUUA